UCGGAGUUCACAGCCUCAUUCGAGGAGAUUACUGAUUAAUCUAGGUCCAGGUCCAUAACCCUAGAUAAGGGCAUGCGAACCGGCAGAUCAGCCUCAGGCUUUGCGCGUGCAUGAAUUAGAAAACAAUGACAGCAGGUCAGCAGUGAAGAUUUCUGUCUUUAUUUCAAGGUGAAUGGGCAAGUUGACCUUAUCACACUCGGGAACCUCUGUGAGUUGUAAUAGUAUCCUGGCUCCAGGGCCUUUAAAUACAUUUCAAAAACCAAUUUGCCACGUGGUGUAAAGUGAGAAGCCUCCAGCCCUCCAACUGCCCAGAGCUGGUUGGAAAGUUUUUGCUAAGUGCCUUUAACAGACUCAAGCAGUGGACGUUCGUUCAAGACCUUCAAACCGAGUUUCAGUGACAUUUUGGGGUCAGCUUCGAGCCUUUUGUGAAGAAUAUCUCUCUUGGAUUUUUUUACACACAGAGUAAAAUGUGGCUUUCUGUCAUUCUCAUGUCUUAAAGGAAAGUCGCUUUGAAUGGAGAACAUAAUUUGCAUGCUACCCAAGUUCAGGCAGGAUCUUACGAAAGCCUGGAGAAGGGGAACACACCUGCCUCUCUUCCUUGACCUGUAGAUGUUCCGCACCAUUUCAUUCAUUGGCACCAACCAUCUUUAAUGGGAUAAAUUAUCUCUCGGGAUCAGGUGAACCGCUGAUCUAAACUAAACUAAAGCCUUAAAGCAUCUUAAUUUCAUUUUAAUUGACACUUUACAUCUUAAGGCCUCCGCAUGGUACUCUGGUCGAAAGAUCAAGACAAACUGUCCGACAUGUCCACCGGGACAGAGAGGAUAGAGAUGAAGAAGGAAGGGGUGCUGCCGGCAUACCACCACUCCAAUGGGUCAGUCCAUCCGGUUAUACUUCCCGACACCCCCGAAGAGGUGCCCCCAAACACCGGGGAGUACGAACUCACUGAGGUUACCUCCCUAUCGAACCACGGUGAUCAGGUUAAUGAGGUGCCAGACAUGGUGGUCCUUGACUGUCGGGCCAACGCAAAGGGCCAGAGAGAAGAGGACGCACUCCUGGAGAAUGCCAGCCAAAGUAAUGAGAGUGAUGACAUUAGUACGGACCAAAGCCCGGUGCCGCCGGUUCCGCUGAAGGAAACGUCCUUCACAAUUGGACUCCAAGUUCUGUUCCCUUUCCUGCUGGCAGGGUUUGGGACAGUUGCAGCUGGCAUGGUUCUGGACAUUGUUCAGCAUUGGACAGUGUUUACAGAGGUGACUGAACUCUUUAUCCUGGUUCCUGCUCUUCUGGGCCUGAAAGGGAACUUGGAGAUGACACUUGCAUCCAGACUGUCUACCGCAGCUAAUAUUGGACAUAUGGAUACAGCCAAGGACAUGGGGAAAAUGAUCAUGGGAAACCUCGCACUAAUUCAGGUUCAGGCCACUGUGGUCGGCUUCCUGGCUUCCAUCGCCGCAGUCAUUUUUGGCUGGAUUCCAGAGGGCAAUUUUAAGAUUGGUCAUGCCAUCCUGCUCUGCGCUAGCAGCGUGGCCACAGCAUUCAUCGCUUCUUUCCUGCUAGGUCUUAUCAUGAUUGGGGUUAUCAUUGCAUCCAGGAAGGUUGGCAUCAACCCAGACAACGUGGCUACACCCAUCGCUGCCAGCCUGGGUGACCUGAUCACCCUUGCCCUGUUGGCUGGCAUUAGUACAGGCCUGUAUAAAGAACUUGAAUUCAACGAUUAUGCCAGCCCAAUGGUGUUUGCCUUCUUCGUUGCCCUGACGCCCAUCUGGGUACUAAUUGCACGGCGGAUACCUUCCACCAGGGAAGUGCUCUAUUCGGGUUGGGAGCCUGUCAUUAUCGCCAUGGCAAUCAGCAGUGUUGGAGGCCUCAUUCUGGAUAAGACUGUAUCCAACCCCAACUUUGCUGGAAUGGCGGUAUUCACUCCCGUAAUCAACGGUGUGGGAGGGAAUUUGGUGGCGGUACAAGCCAGUCGAAUCUCCACCUACCUGCAUAUGAACGCACUGCCCAUAGCAGAGCCAAACCCAGCUCCACAAAAAUGUCCCACACCCUGGAGCACGUUCUUCGGGUCAGGUGUCAACUCACGCUCUGCGAGAGUGCUCUUCCUAUUGGUCGCUCCUGGUCACCUGGUCUUCCUGUACACCAUUAAUUCUAUGCAGGGGCAGGGUGGACACACCACUCUCACCUAUGUCUUCAUUGCAUUUUACCUAGCUGCAGCUCUGCUUCAGGUAAUCAUUCUGCUGUACCUGGCAGACUGGAUGGUUAACUGGAUGUGGCGUCGAGGGAUGGACCCAGACAACUUCUCCAUCCCCUACUUGACGGCCCUGGGAGACCUACUGGGGACGGGCUUCCUGGCUCUGUGUUUCCACGUCCUGUGGUUAAUUGGAGAUCGAGAUGGAGAUGUGGGUGACUGAUCCACACUGCUUCCCUUUGACUCUGUCCAUGAAACACAAAAGUCUUUAUUUAUAAAGAUACAGAGAAAUAAUAUCUAUAUUACUAUGGCCACAAUGGGCUACCAUUAUUCUAUUGAUGACUUAAGAGAUUACUGCUUUAGUAUUGAGAUGUAAUUACAUUGUUGUUUAGUUACUAGGAGAACAAGAAUCCUCAUUAUUUUUCAAUGGGGAUGUUCGUUCCGUUUUAUGGCCAGUCGCGUUGGCUGCAUGUAAAGACGAGAUCAACCUAAACUUGAAGUUUUCCAGAAAAAAAAAAAGAAAACAAAAAGCUUAAUCACCAAGUGCUAUAAAAUGGUUUAGUGGUAUAAAUGAAAAUGUGAAGAAUGUGUUUUUAGGGCAGCACUUAAAACCUUUGUUAAAAGUGAUGUGUGUAAUUUUUCCAACAAUAAAAUAAUUAACAUAAAUAAAAUGACAGCCAAAAUUAAGCAAUUUUUCCCCAAAAAGGCUCUGAAGAGCUUUCAAAUCAUUGCUCUGUUUGUUUGAGCAUCCUGACCAUGAGUGCAUUUCCCAAAAGCAUUGUUAGUCAACUAUGGUCGUAAGUUCCAUCGUUACCAACAUAGUUCAACGAUUUGGUGUUACCCUAAACUGUAGUUCCAACAAACAUUCACAAACAACAUCGCAAAUUUGUGUGGUUGGAACAACAGCUCUUAACCUGUGGAGAAGCAUAGCUCCUGUUAGUUCCCUUACAAAACAUAACUGCAGUUUUUUAACUUUAGUACAAGUGUGAUCAAUUGGACACAGUAUUACUGUAGUACUGAAAACUGCAGGAAUACUGCAUCCAAAUUAUCACACUUUUACUGCAGUACUGGAAAAUGCAGGAAUGCUGCGUCCAAAUUACCACACUUUUACUGCAGUACUGGAAAAUGCAGGAAUGCUGCGUCCAAAUUACCACACUUUUACUGCAGUACAGAAAUCCGAAGGAAUACUGAGUUCAAAUAACCACACUUUUACUGCAGUACUGGAAACAUCAGGGAUGCUGCGUCCAAAUUACCACACUUUUACUGCAGUACUGGAAACAUCAGGGAUGCUGCGUCCAAAUUACCACACUUUUACUGCAGUACUGGAAACUGCAGGAAUACUGCAUCCAAAUGACCACACUUUUACUGCAGUACAGAAAGCUGCAGGAAUAAUGUGUCCAAAUUACCACACUUUUACUGCAGUACAGAAAGCUGCAGGAAUAAUGUGUCCAAAUUACCACACUUUUACUGCAGUACUGGAGACUGCAGGAAUAUUGCGUCCAAAUUACCACACUUUUACUGCAGUACUGGUGACUGCAGGAAUAAUGUGUCCAAAUUACCACACUUUUACUGCAGUACUGGAGACUGCAGGAAUACUGCGUCCAAAUUACCACACUUUUACUGCAGUACUGGUGACUGCAGAAAUAAUGUGUCCAAAUUACCACACUUUUACUGCAGUACUGGAAACUGCAGGAAUACUGCAUCCAAAUUACCACACUUUUACUGCUGUACUGGAAACUGCAGGAAUACUUUGUCCAAAUUACCACACUUUUACUGCAGUACAGAAAGCUGCAGGAAUAAUGUGUUCAAAUGAACACCCUUUUACUGCAGUACUGGAAACUGCAGGAAUACUGCGUCUAAAUUACCACACUUUUACUACAGUUAAAAAACUGCAGUUAGUUUUUGUAAGGGUUUGCCAUGUGGACAUCAUUUGACUUCCCUGGGCUUCUUUAUCUUUCAUUCAAUAAAUAUUUUCAUUCUGUCAACACUUUGACCACGUUUUCAUGCAUUUAAAAAAAUACUUAUUCAGGGUUUUGCAGAAAGCAGCAUUCUGAAAUGUAAUAUAACAUUGAUUGCAGCCAUUUAAGGGAUUAAUGGAUGUUAAGAGAAAGUGCAUUAACCAUUGAUUUUUAACAUAGAACUGUAUUACUGAUAGCGUCAUAACAGCAGCCACUGUGCCGCCAUGUUGAUUUGCUCAAACAUUCCAUUGUGCCUAUUGGCUUAAUAUAAAAUCAUCUCAUUUCAGUGAGUAAACAUUAGUCAUUCAAUCACCGGAAAUCUGCCUGUACAUCCCUACAAUGCAAAAGUCCCACACAUGUAAUUAUUUAUUUAAAGUCAGGAAUAUUUCCGGUUACUUGAAAUCCAGAGUGAGUUAUGUACAGGUAUAUCAAACAGUCUACCUCUAACAAACUUCAGUGGCAAACAGAUCAGCAUAAUGUAAUUAAGUUCACUGAAACAUGAGGUAAGAUACAAGCAGACAUUAUCAGACAUAUUUAUUGCAUCCAAGUUUUUAUUCAGAAUUACUUAUUUUAUGUUUUCAUCUUUUUAAUUUUUGUAUCUUUUUUCUCGAGGUCCCUUGAAUAAGAGCACACAUUCUCUCACUCUAUCACACACACAGUGGGUGUUGAGAUUGAGGGAGACAAGCAAAGCUGGUUGAAAUUAAACUGAUAUGCUAGGUUCAAAUGGCAAACGAACACAUAAUGUAGGAUAUGACAUGUAUCCAUGUAUGAAUCCAGAGAGCACUUCAAUAUGAAAACAGGCCAAUCCUGGGCAUUUUAGGCAAAUAAAAAUCCCGGUUUUACUUUUUUAAGGACCCUCAGAGGGGAAGGAUGUGUUGUCACCCCAAAACAAGCAAAUAUUACAACCACUGGAAAACAAGGAGAAUGUUCCAGGAAAUCUGUUUGAAAAUGGUCAUUAUUUUUCCAAUUCCUUUUGAUGCCACAGAAAUUACACACUUCACCAUUUACUAAAGAAAGAAAAAAAUAAAUCUUGGCCAUCACAGAGUAACCUGAAUAUACUUGGAUAACCUUUCUUGCAAGAUGUUUGUUUCUCUUGAUGAGUACAGUAGAAAUCCUACAGCCCUGUCAUCUAAAAUUGCUUGCAGUUAGAGACAGAAAUAAUAACCAAAACCUCUGUAAGUGCUUCACUGGUUUUUAUAAAUACCUAAAAUCCUCAAGUUGCGUAAAAGAAACAUUAUUGAGUUGUUUGCACUCACCUCCUAAAGGAUAAAAUAACAGACACUGCAUCAAUGCAUAGGUACAUUUCUGUCAUGUAUGCACAAGUUUUUCUGAAGCCUUCUAUGUCAGCAUGGUAGUUGUAAGCUUCUCAGGCUGUUAUUUUGAAGUUUGCGUUUGUUAAAUCUCAAAAAAAUCUUUUGUGGACUCAAAAUACUGGGACAGUUAAAAGGAUAGUUUAUGAAAUAAAACGUUACUGAGGCCUUCUUGCCAUCAUAACCUUAAGCAAGACUUCGAAGGUUAUUCCAGGGAGAACAUCCCUACGAUUGGUAAACUUUUCACACCGCUCUCAUAAGCAAUGUCGUUGCAUGUGUAACUUGCAUCAAGCCUGACAGAUGUCUGUUUUCAAAUGGUGAGUAAUUUACUCCAUACUUCUUUAUGUUGCUUUAUUAAAGCCUAUAUUGCAAAUAAUCUGUAAAUAAAUAGGUUUAGAGUGCAUUUCUUUACCAAUAUACAUAUGCACCACUUGCGGGCUAGCUUACGUAUGCGUUGUGAAACAGGCCUGAGUUACUUGGAACAAAAAGCACUGGCUCUAGAAACAUGAAACAAUGCUUUAAAAGCUUUUUUUUUUUUUAAUCAAGAAUGAAGAAUUUACUAAUUAUGCAAAAAUGCUUUUUAGCAAAAGGGCUAUUUUGACGUUUAUACCACUGUACCACUGCAUGCUACAUGCUAGUUGCAGAAAUGCUGUUUUAAACUCCCUCAGAAUGUGAUUUUGAAACAAAGCUGGAAUAAAAGCCCUAAAUGUUUUCCUUUCAUACCAGGAGAGGGCAGAGUUGAUUGCGUUUGAAUGUUUCUAUGACAUUAAUGCCCGUCUGAAACACUUGGAAUGGCUAACAGAAUAACUAACAGCUAAUCUGUACUUUGUUAGUAUAGAUGGCCAUUAAAAAUAGAAGCUGCAAGUACGCUAAUAUGGUUCUUUUAAAAACUUGGCAGGCCUUAUAAAAGCAAAUUACCUCUAGUUAUGUUCAAUGUGUUUGUGUCAUGUUAGCCUCCCAUUGUUAAAGAGCUGAAUAGAAAAAAUGCUCCUUUGGUUGGUAUUCACCAAUUAGUGCACAUCAUCGUUAGACUGAUAUUGUAUACGGGGCCAGCAAAAUGGAUUGCGCUUGGCACGUAGCAUUAAAAAUGCAAUUGUUUGAAUUAAAUUUAACUUUAUUUUUACUGUAAAGACAAAUCCUUGUUUGUUCCUUUCAAAAACUGUCUGAAAUGACCUUUUAUUUUGUAUUUGUAUUUUUUUUUUUUUUUUUUUUUUUUUUGGUUUCUCU